AUGUCGUCGUCCUCAUUGCUGCGCAUCGCAGCUCGCGCGCAGCCGUCCACCUUCUUCCGUGCCAAUGGCCUCCGCAGCCUGACUCCCCGCAGCUCAAACGCCCUCUACGCUGCGCCAGCACUGAUCGCGACCUCCGGCUCCGUCAGCAGCUUCAGCACCAGCAGCGUCCGCUUGUCCGAUAAAGAUGGCCAGGAAGCUUCUCACCACGAGGAGAGUUUCGAGGAGUUCACUGCCAGAUAUGAGAAGGAAUUCGACCAGGUCCAAGAUGUCUUCGAACUUCAGCGAAACCUCAACAAUGCGUUCGCAUACGAUCUCGUCCCUUCACCUUCCGUCCUCACUGCUGCGUUGAAGGCUGCACGAAGAGUCAACGACUUUCCUACAGCUGUGCGAAUCUUUGAGGGAAUCAAGGCAAAAGUUGAGAAUAAGGGCCAGUACGAUCAAUACCUGGAAGAGCUUAAGCCGCUCCGAGAAGAAUUGGGUGUCAGCCUAAAGGAGGAUCUGUACCCUGAGGAAUCUAAAUAGACGGUGUGUUGGAUUGUGGAGGGCAGAUGUGUAGAUGGAUAUCAAGUGAUGGGGAGAUAGAAGAGGAGCGGUAUGAAAGCUCUUGGUGGGCUCUGUGUUGCGGACCCUUUUUAUUUGUACAGCUGUAUCAAGAAGCAAUGCACUGCCUUGGGAAAAAUGUUCUUUUGAUCUUUACUGUGACUUGUAAUUUGGAGGUUGUUUCAAGAGAAUGCCAGUUUGCCAGCAGACUUCUAAAGCAUAUGGUUGGAUUUCAAAACGAGGGGGCAGUAAAAGUGGCAGCUAAAGAGCAGUGUGGCAAUCGUAUGAAGUUCGCUGCCUUCAAAGACAAUCCAGAACAGAAAAUUUGUUCCCAUUGUCAACAGCUGAGGGCAGGCAGAAUAGAAAGGCAAAUUGACAGAUGC